AGAGAGAGAGAGAGAGGAGAGAAGAAGGAGAGGAAAGUCACAUACGCCACAGUCUGUGAACGCUGCAGCAGCAGACGUAGAUGCUCCGGGGACAACAACUGUUCGUGUGGACACGUUCCCUGGAAACACGCGUGUAACACUGGGAACCGAGGAGGGAAGAGGAUCAUCACCACAACGUUUGUUGACAUGAUGGUUGCUCAUUUGAAAUGCAGGAUUCGGUGACCUCUGAGAUGACGGAGGAGGUGGAGGAGGCGGAGGUGGACGUCCAGGUCACAGGCACCAAAACUCAGCCACAAGCCGCCGCCAACAAACCCAACUGGUCGAACGGCCAGUGUGUCCUGUCGACGUCCAGCCGUUCAUUGCUAAACCCCAGUUUUGACUUGUCGCUGUGCCGCGCCGGUCUGGAGGCCAACGGCUUCCAGAUUCCGGUCGGGGACAUGGAGGCUCCGCUGAGAGCAGCUCUGGACGUUCCCUCCGUCAGGAGAUACAUGGUUUUUAACUCGGCUUUCUUUCAUUUCGUGAUGGCUCCGGUGCUGUACAUGGUGGUGUGGUGUGUGGUGUUCUCCACCCUCCACCUCUACAUCACCGUCAGUGACUACUGGGUCCUCUGCCUCUGUGUCAGCCUGGUCUCCAUCUUCCUCACCACUGCCAUCAUCUUCGUCCUCCACCAGAGCAACAAGGAGAUCAACAUGAAUCUCGACGUGCGGUUAAUCCAGGUGAACGAGAGGAUGGUGAAACACAAGCUGCUGGUGGCCGUGGCCGACUGGGUCCAGAACUGCACCGGAAACAUGCAGUUGUACUUUGUAUAUUGGGACAUGGCGCACUGUCUGAGAGCACUGACCGAAACUCUAGAGGAGCGCAGCUUCGUGGCGAAUGACAUUCAGAAAAAACUGGCGAGGAAGAUAUCCCACCUCCUCCUCGUGACCGAGGUCACGGCCGACGACCCCGAGGUCACGGCAGACGACCCCGAGGUCGGCGGCUCCGGCGGCGAGCGGGACGCCGAAGAGCAGAGGCCUCUGCUCACGCACGAGGACACCGCCUGCAGCGCCCCAUCCAGCCAGCGGGAGGGCGCCAAAGUCACCGAAACCUACAGCCUUAUCCCCGACACGUCGUUACCUGCUCAGGCCAAAGCCUACCAGCUUCUGAUGACGUACAGCGCCGUCUACGUGAGGCUGCUGGUGUGUGAGAGGUUUUCGGGCCCGUCGCACCACCGCCUACGCUCCCGGAGGACCCACUGCACCGUGGCCCCGCUCUGCCUCUGCCAGUACAUCAAGAAGAAGAUCCUUCAAUAACGACAAGUGUGUGACCAGUGGCAGACCAGAAGCCCGGAGCUUUGGACGAGACAGAGCUGACGUUUUCCCCCCGGAGAAGGAUUGAAGACAUCUUUGACGGGGGUUACGGACGCGCUUGGAGCUUCACACUCAUAAAUUUCUCCGCUUAGAGUUCGAUUCUCCGGCCUGUGGGCGGCUGGGCCUCUGCCGCUCUCUUCACGCCGGCUGCUGUGCUUGGCACCACCUGGAUAUUUGUCCGUGUGCACGCCUGCCAAACGCUGUCACACAGCACUGAGAACACAUGCGGGGUCAAUCCAGCUGCUGUAAAGCAAUAUUUGUACUCUUGUAUACACGACAAUCGAGGCACUUUACUGUACUUUAUUCAACUUUCAGGAACAAUAAAGAGAUUCUUGAAUUCUA